ACAUUCGGACAACAAGAUGAGGUGGAAUCCAAACAAGUGUUUGAUAAGUAUUAUGAACUUGGUGGAAAUUUCUUUGAUGCUUCAAAUUUUGGAAACGGCGAAAGUGAAAGUAUGCUAGGCAAAUUUAUAUCUGAUAAACGAUCCAAAGUCAUAGUUUCUACAAAAUAUUCAACUCAUCCGAAAGUUCAAGAUCCAAAAGAACCUAAUUUAGGUAGUGCGAACCAAAAAAGUCUGGUUGAAAAUCUGAGCGCUAGUCUGAAACGGUUAGGAGUUGAUUAUGUCGACAUUUUGUAUACACAUAUUGAUUAUGAUGAUAAAAUCGAAAACGUAUUAAGGGGAUUAGAUGAU